UCCUCUUUAAAAACUGCAGUCGAAAUUAUACAACAGGAUGCGCUGAUUGUUUUCAUCCAAAAUAACACAGAUCUUUCGGGGGUUUCGGACCAUAAUUUAAGGCAUGACUGUUGAGGGGCAGCAUCUUCGAUUUUCGGUCGAUUUGCCGUUCAAAGCUGGCCAUGAAGCCAUUGUGAAUCACAUCGAGAGCGAACUAAAACAUCUGGAGCACGUCAAAGAAUACCUAAAUAGGAGAGCUAAAGUGGAACUAGAGUACGCUUUAGCUUUGACUAGAAUCAACACCAAUGCUUCGAAAGUAAUCACCGACAGUGAUAAAGAGAGUCCGGUCCGAAAGGUGGGUCUCUUUAAUUUAGUUUCGUUUGUGUCUUUGGUUUUGUUAGACAUUCGACGUAUGCUUCUAAAUAAUAUGAUCGCAUUUGUUCUUACUCACCGUGAUAUGAAUCGGAAGCUCAAUUAUUAUCAGAGAAACGAUGUGAAAUCUUGCUAGUUUCGAUGUUGCAAGCUAUCGAUAUACUUGGACAAUUCUUUCAGAACACGAGCUCGUUUAAAGUUGUCUUCAGACUUUCUAUCCGGCAUAAAAUCUUACAUUUCUCUGUUCAAAGUCUCAUAUCAUGUUUUUGCUUUCAACAUAAACAUUACCUUUCCUUUGUAAAUAUGUGCUCACCCAAUUUGCUUUUGAUCCAGGUCAAAUGUUGGUAAGUCAACAACUGAUUUAUUCUAUGUAGAAACACAUAAAGUAGGUUGAACUCUGUUGUUGAUUGGAAGCUAAAUGGCUUUUUGAUCGUUCCGGAAUGUAUGGUCGAAAUGAAAAUACUUCAAAAUAUUUACACUGAGUAUAUUUUACAUAAAAAUAAUCAUCAAUUUAUCAGAAUGCUAUUUCAGGCCGGUCGGUACUUUGAAUGCAAUAUUUAUUCCUACAAAAGGGCAGCAAUAUCUCUUUUAAACACAGUUAAUUAUAAACAGAGGGAAUUAUGGCUAGAAAAUGAAGAAAAUUCAGAAAAUGGAAUAUUUAUGAAAGCAAAUGUGAAAGGCUGUUUAUUAAAUUUAACAUUGUUCAUGGUUAGAUGCUUAAUCUUUACAGAGAUGGAUUAGUUUGUCAAUUUGAAUUUGUUGAAUGUUAUAAAAAUUCAAUGAAUUAAAAAAAUGAAUCUUCAACUGUUUCCUUUUUGUGAAAAUAUAUAUAUAUAUUUUGUGAAAUAUAUUCUCUUAAUAUAUGUACAUGUAUAUUUUCAUUAAUGAUGUCACUUAAAACCCAGCUGCCAUUCAUAGCAGGUUGCUUCUUUAUACCACCUGUUGCUACACAUUUUGGUUUCAAAUGUAUAUGAUAUCAUUUGGAUGAUGAAACCAUUGAGAUUAAAUGCUUCUCCAGUUUUCUGUUUUAGUUGCGAAUGGCUUCACCAUAGAACACUUGGAAGGAGCUAAGUUUCAUUAUGUUCAGUUUGAUCACAACAUACAUAUGCCUUUAAAGGAGAGGAUAUCUUGAAAAAUCUAUUUUCUCAGUUAAGUAAUUGCAUUGUGAUGGUGAUGAAUAAAAAGGCAUUGAAGAUGGAAGGAAUGUAUCAGGAAGAAUGUAGGGAAAUUAUAUUUAUAAAGAUGGCAAUCUGAAAUACAAUCCACAAGCCUCUCUCGACAUUGUUAUAUUCAUCAUUAUGCAACAUUUUCAGACAAAGCAAGGGACACAUUUACUCUUGUUUUACACUGUGCCUUGCACAGUAAAUGCGUGUAGUUUUUGGUAUUAAUUGCAUCAGCUAUAAACUAUGAGUAAUACAUGCAAAAUCUUAAUAAAAACAAAAAUUUAAUUUGACAUGGAAUGCUUAUCUGACAAUGCCAAUAUUGUCAACCACUAACUAGUGUGGAAAUGGUAUAGCUAUCUUACCCAUCAAACUUGUUGGGAGCUAAGUUGGUAUGUGACAAAACCUUCAUAAAAUGCAGAAUGAUUGACAGCCUGAAGGGAGUCACUUAUAUUGUCUUCAAAAUGAAAGAACUACAUUCAAACCUAUAUUAAAUGGCAAUGUUUUAGUGGUCACCCUUUUUUUCAAAGUCCCCAAAUUUUUCUCCUUAAUAACAUUCAUUCACUGAAAUGAAUCCAAGAAUAAUCUCUCGAGUAAAACGUAAUCCAUGUUUUUCUCCCAAAGUCAAUGUUAGUAGUAUUUGUGACCAGGUGGGUGGGUUUAAGAACAGACUUUUUCCCUCUCUCCAGCAUUUCUUCCUGCUUCCAAGUCAAUUUGCUAGUUAUCAUUUAUACUCUUGGUGAAUAGACAUUAAAAGUUUAUUGCCUGAGGACACAGCACAAUGAAGCAAAUAAAUUAUCCUUGCAGCUUAACUGCAAUUUAUGUAUUUGCAAAAAGGGAGGAUUCUACAUGUACCUGCAAGGAUCAUUUUUGUUUGAGUUUCAGAAUCUUAGGUCAAAUUAAAUUAAUUUCAUAUUAAAAUGUUUAUGAUAUUCCUUUACAGAAAAGAUGAACCCUCUAAAAUUAGUUCCACUUCUAACAUGACAUUUUAUAGCUCAGUUGUUAGUGGUGCCCAGCUUGUAUCUGGAAGGGUCCAAAUCAUGAUGAAGCCUGAUUUUUUUCAGGCUUCCUUUCUGUAAUUGCUUUAAUUGUAGUCCGUGAUGGAUCAAUUCUCUUGUUUUUCAUCCACAGGUCAAGUGAAAUUUAUUUCGUCUAUACUUUACACUAACACAAUGACUUUUUGUGGUCUUUAAUCUGAACCUCUUCCAAGUAGAUAGUCUCUGAGUCCAACACACUACCAUGUUAGUUCACUGCUUCCCCCUUACCGGAAUAUUUUGUACAUUGUGCAUGUAUGUAAGAUGUGUUUUGUUCUUGCUUAUCAACAAUAUAAUAUUCAAAGUAUAAAAUAUUUUGCUCAAUUUAACUCAACAUUUGUUUCCUAUCAGGCCUGGUGCACAUUUAUCUCAGAGAGUGAAAAAAAGGCAAAUUUGAUAACAGAAUUUAACAACGUCUUGAGCUCUACGACUUUAAAAAGAUUGGAACAACUCAUUGAAGACAAGAAAAAUUUGCUGAAAAAGUACAGAAAUGAAAGAUUUAGAAUUGAGAGUGCUUUCAAACAAGAAUCAGAUGAAAUUGAUAGACUGAGGAAAACAUACCAAGAAAAUGCAAAAGAAUCUGAAUCCUGCAAGAGGAAAUAUGAGGAAGUUCUUGCAAAAGAUAAGUUCAGCAGCAAAGAUUGGGAAAGAUCUAAGGAUAGAUAUGUGAAAACAACUCUUAAACUACAUCAGAACCAUAAUGACUAUGUACUGGCUUUGAAAUCGGGAAACUGUCACCAAGGGUUCUUCAAUGACAUUCUUAUACCAACAAUGUUAAAUUCCCUUCAAUAUUUGCAAGAGGAAUACAUCGCUGAAUGGUAAGCAAGAUAAGUCUGUAUUUAUUUAUUUCCUUUUGGUCACUAACUGUGUGCAAAUUUAUUUAAUGUAAGAGUCUGCCUGAUUCAACAGUUGUACUCUAAGGUAACCCAGCCAUUUUAUUUGUUCAGUCCUUUUAGUUGAUCUGAAAUAAAAGGGUCAGAUUUCAUGUUAAUUGAAGACUGAUCACGACUGAGUUGCCUCAGAAUCUGACAGGUUCUGAAGUAACUUUUUUUGAGAGGGUGCCACUGUUUCUUCAUGUUAAUCAUAUUUUUAAUUGGAAACCAUCACCAACACAGUGUACACAAGAACAAAAAAAUAUGUUCAUGAUUGUAAGAUAAAAAAAGAUAUUAGAUCAUGGAUGUGAUCCCCACAGUACUGUGGUAGCCAACUGCAGCAAGGGAUAUUGUUUUAAGUAUUUUUUAUUUUAUUUUUAUUUUCUCAUUGAGAUCACAGGGAGUUAAAAUAGCAUUUCCCAAGGAGGAGGUUUCUGUUUUCCCUCUAGCAAAGUCUUUUACAUAUUAGAGUUUAAGUCUUUAGCUGCCAGAGCCUAUCCUAUUUGUAACUUGGAUAACCUUUUCUAUUCCUGGAGGAUGUUAGUUCAUCCAGAACCCUCUCUAUUAACCCUGGUUCAUCAAGUGGAGUCAAAGUGAAAUACAUGUAAAUAUCAUUGAAAAAUACUUCUCAAGUUGCAGUUUAUUUUGUUUAUAAAACUUUGCUUCUUUCUCUUGUUUGUGUGAUUAUGUACCUUGAGAGGCUACACGAAUCUCUUAAAAAAAGCAAUAUUUCAUGGAUUGGUUGUCUAACUUUCACUUCAGACUAGAAAAACUGUUAAACUUUAUAUCUUGUGACAUGAAUGUGGUACACAGGUUUCCAAAAUUUUCAAGAUAAUGGCAACUAAAUUGGUGGCAGUUUGGAGUGCUCUGUUCAUAGCAAGGGCACAGGUGUAAGAUGUGUUAGACACUUUACUCAACCCCAAUAACAAGAGAGCUUAGAAAACCUGUUCUCCUGUUUUCUAGUGCAAGCUAAUGUGCAUUGCACGGUACUUUUUUGAUCACUGUUACAUCUGUUCAGGAAAUCCCAAAAUUGCCAUAUUCCAACUCAAUUCUGGAUUUCCCAUAUUCAACAAUUAUAUGAUUUAACUGUUGUCAAUUGCAGGAAAGAUCUUCUCCAAGACAUGGUUGAUCUCACAAACUGCUGCCGUGAAGAGUUUUUGUCAUCAAGCAGAGUAAUACAAACAAGUGUUAAUGAAGUGAGGAAGCAGCAGGAAUACUCUACGUUUAUAACCAAGUUCAGGUAUCCAAUUUGUGACUCUCAAAGAUUUGUCUAAUGCAAGUUCUUGGUUUACAAGCACAAUAUUAUUAUAUGUGUACUUGCAGGGUUACACCAUAGAUGAAACAAUUACAAUUAUAAAGUUUUAGCAAUGCCACAUUGUUUGUUUUGUCCUUGACAAUAAAGCUCAGCCCAAGGAGUGAACUGGGUACAAUUAUAUGUUACCAAGCAACUUGUCAUGUUAUAAUUCACACUACUAUGGGAUGCUUAAUUAUGCUUGAUUAAUUUUGACAUCUUCUUCAGUAAGAUAUAGAUAUAGUAAGACUAAAAGAAGAUGAGUCCAAAUUUUUAAAGACAAUUGCCAUUUGCUAUUUCCCAUAAACAAUGUGCUUUUAAAAUCCUUAGUAAGGCUCAGUACAACAGAAGGGUGACUUUUCUUAUAAAAGAUUUUUUGGUCCCAUUUUUCCUCAGACAAGACCCUUCACCAGUUGUGCCAUUCCUAUUUGAUCCAAAUGUUUUGGAACUAACAUCAACAGGGGUUACUUCAGAUGAACUGGUUGUCAAUGAUUUGACUUAUGAGAAGCUACAACACAAGUGAGUUAAGAACUGAACAUUUCUAUCAAACAUAUUUGAGAUUACAAAAACAAAAAAGCUUCUGAAAUUAGUUGUGACUGAAUUCACAGCUCCCAUAAACUAUCGACUCAACUUAAUGACUGACACAGCAUAUCUCUCUAAUGAUUUUCCCCAGAAAGAGAAUGGAAAGCUCAUCUCAUGCUGUAUUGCAGCAAAUAGAGCAAUAUGUACAUGUACUGUCUCCUGGCUAGUUAGCAUUAUGCAAAGCAGUUUUUUGAUUUGUGUGUUGUCUAUCAUGUACCUGUAAGUUAUUAAUGGACAAAUAUCCUUGUUUGUCUGACAAAUCUAUUUAUGGCCACCUCGACAAUUUCCUGUUUUUUUCAGCACCCAUUCAAAUACUGUAUUUGUCUGGUAUCUGACCAUAUGCACUGUACUUAUUAGAGGACUAAAGGUGUACUUAAAUGACAGAUACUUGUAAGACAUGUAAGACAUGGUAGAAUCUCACUAUUUCUUAAGAAAACUUACAAAAUGCACUGACAGUGCAGUUGUAUUUAUGAAAAAGAUAUUUUUAAGUGUAUGAUAGGAUGCAUGGGUGCUGGGCUUUACAAUAUUGCAUAUUUCCUCAAAAAAGCACUUGAUAUUUAAAAGCAAUACCAUAAAGUUUCUGAAAAAUCAUGUUUUUACCUUUCAUUACCUAUACUCUUUGAGUCUUUUUGAAAGUUGAAGGUCAUUCCUUUUACAAAACAAUUUUUGUCACAAAUGUUUUACAGCUGUGUCUUGAGUUGUUUUGAUAUGCUCAUCAAUUUGACAAUGUGUAGACAGGAAGCCAUUUUAAGAAUUGCAUGAGUGAAUAUUCAUAACCUAAUUUUUCAUCAUUAGGAGAGCAUUGCUUAGCAAAGAUCUUGAAAAUGUGGAUCAGCAACUGGAAUCUAAGGUAACUUAAAACGAUGGUCCUCAGUGCACUGCGUGCAAUAAACUGCAAAAUGUAAGUUAAAUUUAAAGGCCUUCUUUCCAUAGUAAUCUGAACAAAAGAAAGGACUUCCCAAGAAUGUUCUUGUUAUCACUGGAUUAUUACUUGACCCUUUUACCUUCCAUGAGUGAUCAAGACAGAAUUUCUCCCCACAACAUCAAUACAAUAUCAACCAGAUAAGUGAUGAGAAAAAAGAAAAGUAUCAGUUUGGGGAUAAUUAGUUGAUCCAAUGCUAAAUUCUCUGAACCAACUUUUUAAAAAUCGUACAGUUGACAGUUUGAUCUGGGAUUAUAGGGCUAACUGAAAAUCAAUCUUUCACUCCCAGCUGACCAAAAAGUAUUUUCUUCUUAAAACAUUAAGUGCAUUUUAAAGCAAAAGGGACAAGUAAAACAAAACAUAACAACUAAGGAAUGGUGUUUGGUUAAACAAUAAAUUCUCUGAGCAAAAUUUUUUGAAGAAGGAUGGAAAGUGCAGAGUGUUGAUAUUUACAUGUAUACAUUUGGAGUGUAAGGGAUGAUGAAAUAAUUUUUACUGUAUAAUUUCAGAAAUCAGAACUGGAAAAGGAAUCCAAUGAACUCCAGACUAAUAAGAGUGGAGGUGGAGAAAACCUAAGGUACAGUGCUGAAAUGUUUGUAAUUAUUUUCUAACCUUCUACUUCAAAUGGUGUUUGAUAUGCUUGCAUUUUUUUUUUGUCUACAGCUGUGAUCAAUGCUUAGGUACUUCCCUGAGCUUUCAGAGAGAAUUUUAAAAAUACAAACGUGGUAAUUAAAUGACAGGUUGUUUGUUGGACUCUAUAAAAAUAUAAACUUGGUAAUCAAAUGACAAGUUGUUUGUUGGACUCUAUAAAAAUAUCACGAUCUGCAAGUGUUUAAUGGAUCAUCUGCCUAAUUUCCCAAAUAAUUCAUCCUCUAGCUACUGACAAAUCAUAAUAUGUGACUAUGCUGGUGGAAUUUACCCUGUGAUUUAUGAUUUAAAGCAAUCUUGGCUUUGGGACAUGAAAUUAAAGAUCCUUACUUGUUGUGUUGUAAAUUACUGGACUUAAAAAUCGCCAACCAUGCCAUAGGAAAAUAUGUAUUGAUUCCAUUCCAGCAUCAUGCAGAAAGAACAGACAGUGUCUGUUAUAAACUGGAACGUGGAAGACAUCAAAUGCAGUCAGGCUAAACUUCAGGUAUAUAGUUUUUUCUUAAUCAUUUACUUCAGAUUGUAGGUAAGUAGAGGAAAGAUGAGUUAUUUUCUAAUCAGUUUUUUUUUUUACAUUGUUGGAACGUCUAAAUUUAUUUUUAUUCUUUUACAAGUAUGGUCUGUGCAGAUUUUUUUAAAUGACUUUGUCUCUUAAGAUUAUUCUGUAGAACCUCCCUUUUUGCUCACCUCUAUUUAGGGCAACGUCAUUCCAAUGACUAUUAACUUUGGUCUUGACUGUAAUUGCAUGACUGUGUCUGUUGCCUUUUUGGCGAGACACCUCCUUUCAGGGAAAUAGUGAUUUCAUCGUAACUGCCACUCUAAAAGAUCAAAUCUUGCUAAGGAGGAAGGUUGAUAAUUUUUGUUUGGGCAAAAUAAUGAUUAAUGAUGGAUGAAAAAGGAAUGCUUGAUUUUUUAAACUUUUUCAUUUUAUGAUUUCAGAAAACCUGUACCCUGAUUGCAGCUGCACUUGACAAACUUGGUAAAUCACAGCCUCCAAAGUUCGCAGAUCUAUCUCCCCCCGGGUCAUCACCAACUGGGGUUAGUUGUUCGCCUUAAAAAAACUUGAAAUGAUCUUGAUCAAUACAGCUUGGAUGCAUUAAUGCAUGGCUUUUUUCCAAGUAGACCUUUCCCUUUUUGUUUUGUGGUCCUGUUAUUAGGCACCAUGUCACUGUACUGAAGAGAAAGAUUCCAAUUAAGAAUCGGUCAUAUUUUUGCAUGAGGCAUGUGUGCAUCCUUUAUUUCUGUCAAGGUGAAGCACCAUAUCACACGAUUUCACGAGAUCUUUAACAGCUUGCGUUAUAUUGGUGUAAUAAUGAACUUCUAUGGAAGAAACACGCCACAUGUAUCUUCAAACCGAAAAGCUCAUUACGAGGGAAGUGCAUCUUUGUGUCAUCAAACCUGGCCUUAGAGGCCAUAAGUUUUUGAUAGAAUGAUAAUGAACGAUAAAGUGGAAGACAAUUCUCUGGGAGAAAUAACGAUUACUACAGAGAUCAUGAUUUUUUUGAAACAGCUAUUGGUUGCCGUGUUGUGAAAUAUACCUUAUUAUUUCACUUCUGAACAUAGGGUCCAUGACCAAAGGUUUUGAAAACCCUCCCUUCAUACUGGUGAAUACAUGUACUUUGUUAUCAGAAUUUCCGUUUGAAGUUCGUGAUCUUUUUUUCUUCGGUGUGAUUCUCUCCAGGAAUUUGGUCAGUCAACGCCUGAGAUAAGAAAAAGUGGCAGGAAAAUACCGACUCUAUUCAAGAAAAGAAAACUGGAAAGGGAAGCGUCAUCUGCCAAAACAAGUAACAAGCCAGUACGAUACGGAACGGCCCCACCAGGGGUGAAUGGCGGGUCAUAUGAGGACGACUCGGACAACAGUGCUCAAGGAGAGUACAUCGAGGUAAAGCCAGAUAGAGAUUGCUGAAAGUACAAGGCACAUCGAUAGAGUGUUUUAUUAGUAAAGGUGGACAGCUCAAGGAGCUAUUGAGAUUUCAAUGUGAUUACACAGGGCGUGAAAUUAACUUUUUUUUCUGAUAGCCACUUGGUUCCUAACUUCUUCAAAGUGGUAGCCAAUUCAAAAAAAGUUGGUCGCCAUUUUCAAAGCCAAACAAAAACUUUCUUUACGCUGUCAGCGUCUUAGAUAGACCCUCCAAAAUUAAGUUAGGGAAAAGAUCUUUAACGUGCUACAACGUGGACACUAGGAUGGAUGAUAUACAACGUUCAGGCUCAUCUAAAUUCAAGAUGGCGUCUAGUUAUCGAUCGAGAUGCAUGUGCUACGUUUUGGAAACAAACUUAACGAGGAAGUUUGCCACGGAUUUAUCUUUGCAAAUCUUUUUAAUUCACUAUAUCUCUUGGUAAGGUUAUGAUGAAACGUUCUAGUCGCCAAUUUGGCGAUUAACUUUCAGGAUUUGGUCGCCAAAGUGAAAAAUUUAGUCACAUUGGCGCCUGUAUUAGGCGCAAUUUCACGCCCUGAUUACAUGUAAACGCCCCCAAGCGCGGGAAAACGCGGAUAAUUAAGUCGUGACUGGUAGUUUUGAAUUCGAUUGGUAAGGUUGAUGGCCAGAGCUUUCGUUCUCUGAGCCAAUCACAGGAAGGGCGUAAGCAUUUAGCUAAUGCAUUUCUAGAAGAAGCACUUCACUCGGUUGAGAAUUACCCUAAGGUGUGUUGUGUUCGCUCUUGUGCAUUUAGAAGCCGAAGGAAUGGCGCCGUUGUCAGUACCUCUUGUUGUAGGAGCGUAGAAUUUUUUUGUUUGGUUUGGUUGUUCAUGUGUCCAUUUUCUUUUUUGUUUUGCAAAUCGAUGUAAAUUCUUCGUUUGUUCAUUCUACCAAAAAAAUAACUGCCCGUUACUUUUUUUGCGUGGCUCUCAAUUCUUGAAGUGCCCUCUCUUGGGUGGCGACGAGGAAGCCUGAUGAAACACUGGCUGGUAUUAUAUAACGAUCUGAAAUCCAAGUGAGGGGAGGGGGGAGAGGUGGGGGAAAUAUUUCACGUAAUCAAUUAUAGCUUCAUGCUACGGAAACCGGGAUAUCCUCUGCCUCCAUAGGUUACUGGGCUGAACUUUCAUUUUUAUACUCCUCAUUUUCCUUCUUGGAGCUUUGAAGUUUCACGUCACUUUGUUACUUAAUUGUCUUUAGCCAGAUGAUGAUAUGCCUCUUGAAGAAGAAAUGUGGUUUCAUGGAACGAUUGACCGCAAAGAUGUUCCCAACCUACUGAAAAAUGAAGGAGAUUAUCUCGUCAGAGAGAGUUCUACAAAGCCCGGUCAGUUUGUGCUGUCCACGCGGAGUGAAGGUCAAAUCAGACAUUUUAUCAUCCAGUUAUCAGACGAUGUAAGUGGCACCUACCUAAUUUAAUCUGUCUCCUUUCUUCUCUGAGAUGGUGUGUUUCAAGCGCUCUUUCCCUUGUUCUUGUGCGAUUCACGUAAAUAUUUGUUGCCUGAGUCUACAUUCGGCUACGAGAUGUGCAAUCAGCACAGUAGACUUGGGGUUCAGUGAUGAUUGUGGUUCUGUGGUAUGGUGGAGGAAUCUUCAAGCAUUAGCUACAAUUGGAUGUAGGCCUAAGCUCUGGCAAUUCGCUCCUCACAUCAACGUUCUGUUUUUUCGUACAAAUAUACUGAGUAUGCAAAUUGGUAAGAAGUUGAAGCACUUUAGAUUUGUAGUUCAUGAUGGAAACAAGGUAAAAGGUACACCUGCUUAAACUGAUUAUCACCCAAAACUGCAUUUUAAAGAUUGAGAUAAUUUUUUAUGUGGUCUGCUUCAAUGCGCGAAGAAUACUUAGUGCUUAGUGUGAAGCACGAGGUUUUAUUCUUUUUGGAAAUGUUUGCCUAUGUGCACACGAAACUUACUCACAUUUGCGCUCGGAGCAGAGAAGUUAAAUUUGACUGUAGCUCCAACGCGACUUAAACCCGUUGCGUCUCUCGAAAUCCGCAACUAAGGUCGACAAGCGAACUCUUCCGAACAUAGCACAGUGGAAAAGCGAACCUUUCCGUACGAGGCACGAAUCGCCAAGAGUGAACUACUAGCACUGAAAGCCUACAGAGAUUACCCUAAGGGGUUUUUUAUAUUGGGGGAAGGAUUUCAAGAGACGCACAUCAUGAUCACAUUUAACACUGUGUGUAAAUGCACAUAUUUGAAUCCUUGCUCUCUGAAGCCUUUUCGCGCUCUAACCCUUGAACCCUUAAGAGUGACUAACAUCUCAUUUCUCCUUACAAUAUCACCCCUUAAUCAAACAUUAAGGUCAUGAGAAUAAAGGAGAUGAUCACCAACUAAAGAAGCUCUUGAUUGUUGAACAAAUUCUCCUUGUCAGAACCCUAGGAAAUGUCUAGAGAGUAGUAAGGAGAAUAUGCAUACUGAUGUUAGGGAGUAAAGGGUGAAGGAGGCUACAAGCGUAACAUGUCGUUAACUUUUUUUCCCCUAGAAUUUGGUCAGAUUUGAAGAUCAAGGCUUUCCUAGUAUAAGACAACUACUAGAUUACCAUGUGCAAAACAGAGUCCAUGUCACAAAGAAAUCCAGGGCAGUGUUAGUACAUGCGGUGGGCAAACCCGUCAAAGACAAAUGGGAAAUGAAUCGAGAUGACAUAGUUCUACAGGAAAAGAAACUCGGCUCGGGUCACUUUGGUGAUGUGAUGAAGGGUUGUUUUAAACCAGCAAAUGUACCCGUGGCCGUGAAAUCGUGUAGAGAAUGUGUUUCGGCGACAGUGAAGCAGAAGUUUCUGGCAGAGGCAGAGAUUUUGAAACAGUACGAUCAUCCAAACAUUGUGAGGUUGAUCGGAGUGUGUGCCGACAAGGAACCAGUCUUAAUCGGUGAGUGUUGUCAGUAUUUUCACAUAAAUGUUGCAGGAGCUGUCGUCGAGCUUGAAAAUUUUUUUAGGGUCUUGCGGGUUGUCUAAAAUCCCGAAUUCACUACCUCGAGUCAAAUGAAAAAGACUGCGCGUGCGGAUCAAGUUUCAACUCGUUCUCGUGUUGAACUUCCCUGCAGCUCUGCUCUAUAUAAACUCAAGAUUGAAAAAAUUUGAAAAAAUUACGUUUCCUUCCUUGUCAGUGUUACGUGGCUUGGACCACAGGCGGCCCAAGCUGUAGCUGUGAGAUGAUCAUCUCGCGAAAUAAGACUCAUGGCGAAAUUAUAAGAGUUUGUAUGGGAUUAUUUACGACCGCUCUUAGGGAUAAAAGAAACUCUAGCCCUAGCCCCCGUUAGCCCUUCGUUAGUCGCUCUGACGAAAGGCUAACGCUCGAAACGUCAGCUUUUAAACUCUUUACGGUGGCCAAUUUACGUUUUUAACUCAGUUCAUAACACUAAAUUACCCUGUUUUACUCUCCCACCGACGCAGCACCACAGUUUCUUUAGAAACUUACCCCCUCUAUUACUUUUGUGUAUAAAUUGCGAAAUGCUCAAAAGAGAAUUUUGCCUUUACCAACUGAAAGUUGAUCUGAAAUUAUAAAGGUUUCACUUGUCCUUUGUGCAGCACGACAAUUUAUUUGCAAAAUAGUAAUCUUAACCUUAAUAUACUUUCUUCUUAGUUAUGGAGUUCAUGGCCGGUGGCGACUUCCUUUCUUAUUUACGUAAAAGCGGCUCAAAGCUGAACACAAAGAAGCUGCUAAAAUUUAGUGUUGAUGCUGCAGCUGGAAUGGAGUACUUGGAGAGUAAAAAUUGUAUUCACAGAGAUUUGGCUGCGAGAAACUGCUUGAUCGGCACAAAGGACUUACUCAAAAUAUCCGAUUUUGGAAUGUCACGUGAAGUUGAGGAAGGUAAGAUUUUGAAGUGCGUGUGUCUUUUUCCUCAUAUCCGUCAGUCAGACUCGUCUCUACUAAUAUCUUGUCAACCAGCUGAUGAAAUUUCAACCCAAAUUCUGGAUAAGAUUUAUUUAAGACGACGUUUUACAAGUGAAAAAUUUAUCUUCCUCACGUUUGCUCAAUAGUGUAUGAAGCCUCGAAUAUGAAAGAGAUUCCCGUGAAGUGGACAGCCCCGGAGGCUUUGAACUACUUCCAGUACACAACAUUGAGUGAUAUCUGGAGCUUUGGUAUCUUACUGUGGGAGACGUUCUCAUACGGAAAUGUGCCUUAUCCUGGAAUGAAUAACAGGGUGAGAAAACUAACACUUACCAACUUUUUUUGUUAUAAACGCACAUUAUUUAUUUCUCGUAGCUUACAGUUUUCCUCGAGCUUGCUCUCGGCAAACUUUUUGCCUCUCGGAACAGGUAAUAUCUGCGGAUAAAUACCCAUGCAUCCUUUCGCGCCAAAUGGAGGCUAUAUUUUACGUGUUUUCCAACAGGAUUAACUUUGUCCAAGAUUGUAUCCCUAGUGAUUCUCCAUCCCCAUCCCCUCUAAGCUUGGCAUCUGGCUUUCAUUAGCACUUCUGAACGAGAUGAACUCGCGGCCUUUAAGCGAAGUCAGAGCGUUUUGAUCAGGUCCACUUUGCCCGUUAGCGUAAGGUGCACGAAGGGUCAUAUACAUGUCACACAGAUCGCAGUUAUUCCGCGGGCCUCGCGCGAAAGCUAGUAUAUUCUCUCGUGGGCUAGUCACUUCGCACAGUACAAUAAACCGUGUUUUCUCCUUGCACAGGAAGCCCGUGACAAGAUCGAGAAUGGUUAUCGAAUGCCUGCCCCACAAGACACGCCAUCGGCAGUGUAUCAAAUUAUGAAGGAUUGUUGGAAUUUUAGUGCCGAAGGUAGGCCACGUUUUACCGAAAUUCUAAGACGUCUGAAGCAGAUUCAGGAUUAUAUCUGAUUGUAAUUCUAGUUUUGUAUCCCUAACGUUGUGUCAUGUUUUAGUCUGUUCAAGCUAACGUACGUUUAAGUUUAUAGCCACCGUAAUGUAAAUAAAAAAAUACCAGCUUUCCUUUAAUUUUUGCCUUAAUUAAUUGAUAUGAACACGCUCAAUUAUUUUAUUUUAGAGCGAAUGCGUUUAGCGUUACUUUCAGCUGCGAAAUUUUGGAGGCCAGAAUCUCCCUCACUUUGAACAUUUUCUGCAGUAAAAUUUCGUCGAAAGUAAUUGAUUGGAAGUGUUAGGUAGACAGGUCAUCUUUAAGAGAAUUGUCGUGUCGCCAAACUCUAUUUGCAGGUGUGAGUUUUAUUUCCAAAAAACGAUACUUAUCCAAACAUAAACUAAUAUAUUUACUCCAAAGAAAACCAGGCUUAUGAUAACGUUGGAGAAGAUAGAAAUAAGCAAACUAACUUUUAAUCAACCGACAAACAACAAUUUUAGGUUUUACCAGGGUGGUCAAGAAUUGGAUUUGAUCUUUGGACCUUAAAAUCAGAACCACUUUGAAAAUAGGAAAGUGAUUUUCAUUUGAGUGUAGACAGGAAUUCAGGAUUGCUUUGGGAUUGAAUUACUCCCGAAUUACAAAUUUAGGCUAUUAGAAGAGAGGAAAUCACAAACUGAAAGAGCUCUUGACUGUCACACAAAUUCUCUUCGUCAGCGCAUCAGGAAAUAUAGAGAACAGCAUAUAGAGUAUACAUACUGAUAUUAGAGUGUGAAGGGUUAAAUCAAUCAUAAGUUUGCUUGUUUCUUCUUUGAGUUACAUGUAUUACUGGGCCUGUGAUUUUUCUUUUCUGGUCGUUGGUUAUUUUUUGGUGUUGGUGUUUUGGGACUGUUGAAACACCGUGUUCCAAAGAUGGGAGAUACUUCUCAGAAAUUUUGAAAAUUGAUUGGUUCAAAGAGUGAACGGGUUAGAUGAGACCUUAAUUUUAAGAUUGUGUUUUAUGUAAGUUCCAAUGCAAUUAGUUAUUGAUCAAGUCUUGCCAUUAAAUGGCAAGACAUAAGAAUUACAAGAAAUAAUUACUAGAAAUAAUAGAUAAAUAUUUACUAUGAAAAAUAUGAACUUUAUAAGUUGAAGAACGAUUUUGAAUUUUGGCGUCGGUUAAAGAGCGUUCAUGAAAUGAUAAUCAAAUGUCAGAAUUGUAUAGAUAUUGAAUUAGUGAAAAAAAAAAAAAAAAAAAAAAACAGUACCUAGCUUAAGUUGCCGGUGUCGAUAUACAUGUAACAAUUGUCAAUCGGCCUGGAAAGGAUUAUAUUUUCGUAUUUUUAGUUAGUUUGAAUAAGCAAAACGCUAAAUUAAUUACCCCUCAGAACACAGGGAAAAUAAAAAUUCGAGCCGUUUCAUCUUUCACUUUUUGUGUUUGCCAAUUUAGAUACCUAGAUACAUGUCCAGACCUCUUAAAAGUCAAAUAACCGAAGUGGUUUGUGAACGAGAAGAAAGUGAAAUUGAUCUCUUUAAGUCUUCGAUCCCAAUGAAUAGUUUACGACUGUUCCCUGUUCCUUCUGCUUCUUUGAGUUUAACUUGCUUUAUGUAGAUAAGUACAUUUAAGUAUGAUGUAAAUAAACGACUAACUUU